GACCUCAUCAAGCACUACAACUGUGGAGACCCAACUCCAUCAUCUUCAACCACGACACCUCUCAGGUCCCCAACUUCAACAACGUGACCCUGCGCCCCAGCGAACAGAUAACGGCCCAGGAGAUAGACAGCUACUUCAGACAGGAACUGAUCUACAAGAGGAACGACAGGAUGGGGAACAGGGUUAAGGCUCUGAUGGAGGAACACCCUGACAACAGCUUCUUCUUCGCCUUCGGAGCAGGUCACUUCCUGGGCAACAACACGGUGAUUGAUGUGCUGAGGAGUCAGGGCUAUGAAGUGGAGCACACUCCUGCAGGGCAGCCCAUUAGCAGGUAA